UGUGCAGUGACGUAGGACAGUCUAUGCGAUCGCAUGCUGGAGUUUGUACCAUUUGCCUAUGUAGGCUGGGAGAGCAGUACCACAAACAAAAUAUUUCAAAUUCUAAAAGCAGUCGGUCGAACUGCAGUGAAGUGGAAUCGGAGCUGAAACACCCAAAGAGCGAGAAAGACUGUGGCCCGCCACUGCGUUAAGAGGAUACCGGUGUAGUUUUGUCAAACACAUCAUAUUAGGCGAUUUCUGAAGCUGAGCCUGCGAAGCACUCUUCCCUUUUCACUUUUUGGAGCGCAGUGGGCAGAUUUAAUUAAUGCUGUGGUGUAUGUUGCCUAGAUAUUAUAAGUUAAAUGGUAUUUUGCAGACCUUAGCAUUGAGAAAAUAAAUAUUGGAGCACCUGACCAGUCGCACAUCGGGAAAAAAAACUAUACAUGGGAGGACUGUUAUGAAGAGGAUUGAAAAAGGACGACGCAAAAGGCUGUCAACGCUUUGAAGUUGGCGAGACCCGACAUCAAUCUCUAACCGAAUUUCAAUAGGCCCACGGAAUUAAUUAUUGGAUACUGCGGACGGAACCUCUGAUGACCGUUUUAUGUACAUGGAGAACAAUAGAUAUUUACAUGUAGGCUAUUAUUAAAAGCAAGCUAAACGCAGUACCCUGGAAAGUCCAUUCACCGGAAUAUAUAGCGGUGUAAUACAGAAGGAAAUAGACUACUACGGAUCAACAUUAUACAAAAAAUAUUUCCGAAGAGACGUUUGAAUUUCCUCUGAAAUGGACUGACAUCGAUUAAAACCAAACAUAUCUCGAUAAGAUAAUGACCGGCAAUUUAGAGGCUGUGUUAUAAAAUAAAUGAACAUUUACUUAAACACUUUAUUGGGACUUCAUAUUUGAGAAAAUGCAUAACGAUAAGUAACUGUUUGUUGUUCAUGUGAGCAAGAUUCAUUCCAAAAGUGGUGCGAUAUCCUCUCUUGUGAGAAUUGAGUAUCCCUAAUCCGGUACCGGAGGCAUCUCGUGGUAACACGGUAACUGCGAGAAGGCAGGAGUCCAGAUUGGAGAUAUCAGCAAAUAAACGCACAGAACAAUGUGGCUGCGAAUUCUUCCCCAGGUGCUGACCAUCUGGGCUGUUGUGAUCUCCGGGACAACGGCUGACCUGACCUGUGAUACACUGCUCCUGCUGUCCACCAAUCUUACUGCACGUACGUUGGCACUGUGGAAUCUGACCCUCACGCCCAGCAAUGUCACUGCCGGCCUGUUCUGUAACAUGUCCAUCGAUCCCAUCGGUACCUGCUGGCCCAAGAGCACUGCAGGGGAGUGGGUGUCACGGCCAUGCCCAGAGAUGUUCUAUGGUGUCAAAUACAACACCACCAACAAUGUGUACAGAGAAUGCCUUUCCAACGGGUCCUGGGCCGUGAAAGGCAACUACACCCAGUGUCAAGAGAUUCUCAAUGAGAAAAAGAGCAAGCUGCACUACCACAUAGCGGUGAUCAUAAACUACAUGGGACAUUGUAUCUCUCUGGCAGCCCUGCUGGUGGCCUUCAUCCUCUUUAUGAGGCUGAGGAGUAUCCGCUGCUUGAGGAACAUCAUCCAUUGGAACCUGAUCACAGCUUUCAUCCUGAGGAACGCCACUUGGUUCGUCGUACAGCUCACCAUGAACCCUGAGGUGCACGAGAGCAAUGUGUUGUGGUGCCGGCUGGUCACAGCAGCCUAUAACUAUUUCCACGUGACAAACUUCUUCUGGAUGUUUGGGGAGGGCUGCUACCUGCAUACAGCCAUCGUGCUCACCUACUCUACGGACAAGCUACGCAAGUGGAUGUUCAUCUGCAUCGGGUGGUGUAUCCCUCUUCCAAUCAUCAUUGCAUGGGCCAUUGGCAAGCUUUACUACGACAACGAAAAGUGCUGGUUUGGGAAGAAGGCAGGAGUGUACACAGAUUACAUCUACCAGGGCCCAAUGAUCCUGGUGUUGCUGAUCAACUUUAUAUUCCUCUUCAACAUUGUGAGAAUCCUAAUGACCAAGCUGAGAGCCUCCACAACCUCAGAGACUAUACAGUACAGGAAAGCGGUGAAGGCCACUCUGGUGCUGCUGCCUCUCCUGGGCAUCACCUACAUGCUAUUUUUCGUCAACCCGGGAGGGGAGGAUGAGGUCGCCCAAAUUGUCUUCAUCUACUUCAACUCCAUCCUGGAGUCUUUUCAGGGCUUUUUCGUGUCAGUAUUUUAUUGCUUCCUGAACAGCGAGGUGCGUUCUGCGGUUAGGAAGAGAUGGCAUCGCUGGCAGGACAAGCAUUCAAUCAGGGCUCGGGUGGCGCGCGCCAUGUCCAUCCCCACGUCGCCCACGCGGGUCAGCUUCCACAGCAUCAAGCAGUCCUCGGCUGUUUGAGGACCAACAACACUCUGCUUUGGCUGAACGCCCCCGUCUAACCUCUCACCGCCAACCACCCCUCCAACAUGUCCCCCACAGAGCACCUCUUUACCCUCUUCUCUCCAAACCAACUGAGGGAAACAGCUACCAUGAUAGUUCACACAGGGUACACUUGGUCUAUAAACAUAGACCUCACAUACCCCCUCCCAGGGAACGGUGACCUCUGUAGUCUCUCGCCUGCUAAUACAUUGAGGUACGUUCGCUCAGUGCAUUCCCUCUGAAAGCUACAGAGGGUCAGGAUGACAAUGGCCAAACCAAGUAAUGUCAAGAGCUGACUUUUUGCCAAAAGGCAGCACAGGGAAUUAGUACAAUCCCUGUGGCGUUGGCAGAUUCAGUUGAGAAGUGACUUUUGAUGUCAGAUAAAAAAAAAUAUCACAUUUGUCAGUAAGUCCAGUGUUCUCUUAUUGUUUUUUAUUCUGCAAAAUCCAGAAAUUGGAGUCCAUAUGGAUGGUGUUGGAGUCCAUAUGGGUGGAGUUGGAGUCCAUAUGGAUGGAGUUGGAGUCCAUAAGAAUACUUUGAAAGUGGAAAGAAAAUGGUACUGGGGCACGUGCUUGUAUCAGUGUCAAAUACAUGAUCCCUGUUGGACUAACUGACCUGUUCAAGAUCAUUGACACAAACAAUUUGAUUCUUGUUCCUUUGCAUGUUUUUAUUUUCUGUGGAGAAAUCUUUGACCUUCAAGCUGGCUAUGCUUACUGGCGCUGCAUCGUAAAGCGAAUGACCGCCAUGGACCAUUCAUUUCAUGUCUGUCCAGACUACUGUCUCUAGUAAACAUUCUCCCAUUCCUUCCUUCUGUUUUUCUGAUUAAUUAUUAUCUUCAUAGAGACCAUGUUCUGAUGUUAAAUCUUUGGCCACCAUUGAAGAUGGAUGCCUUCCCCAUUAUCCUUACAACAACAACAACCAAGGCAUUGUGCAAGCGGAAAAAGUGAUGUGACAUCCAACACUGUUACUAAUGUGAAUGAACUGUGAAAAUUGGUACACACUGUCAAAUCUAUCUAGAGGACAAAACAGUUGUGUUUGUGUUUCCCAGUUCUUUCAGGAAGUAAGAAUUUAGCAUAUCUCUCCUCAAAUUGUGAUGACUUCUUCUCCUCCCUUUCAUCUUAGCCUUUUCCUGGGACUCAAACGUAACGUUGGCUUAGAGAUAGUCAGACCUGGGGGGGUUGAAGGAAGAGCGGCAGUUUAACAUCAAUAAGGCAUUUCACGCCUGGUAAGGUUGAGUUUUUUUGAGGCGCAAGCAAAUACAAACACACACAUAUGGAGAGGACUUAUCAUAGGCUACAGUAUGCACCAUAACUGAAGAUAUGUUUUCUGUUGCGCAAGGUUGUAAAAGGUGUUAAUCUUCAACCGAUUAAGCACUCCUUUAUAAAAGCACUUUUGUUUAUUUCAAAUUCCAAAAUUACCAGGACCGUAAUAAGAUACCGUCCACUUUAGUAUAUCAUUGUUGAAAGCUGGAUUGGGAGAAAUGCCAAUUAUUAAUAUAAUUAUUUUGGCUAGAUAUGUUAAGGUCUGAGAGGAAUGUGGAUGUUUUGGUUGCUUCAUCUCUGCAACUUGCAAAACUUAUCUAUACUAAAUCUUCAGACUAAAUCAUUUUGUUCUUCAAACUCUUUCUUGCCAUCAAACAGGUAAUAUGUUAUAUUGCUAUUGUGUCAUAGAAGGUACCCACUGGGCACACACUGGUUGAAUCAACAUUUGUUUCCACAUCAUUUCAACAAAAUUACAUUGAACCAACAUGGAAUAGAUAUUGAAUUGACGUCUGUGCCCAGUGGGUACUGACAAUACUUUGCUGAAAUUCUGCAAAUCUUUCAAAUUGAACCACCCAUUAUGAAGGACCAUAACAAAUCUGAUAAUCAUUCCAAUUCCAGAACAUAAAACCAUUUAUCAGAUAUUGUCAUGCACAUAGCACAACUUUUUAUUUUUGAAUGACACAUGAAUAAGUCAAAGUAACUAGGAAAAGAUUAACACAAUGUCUGGCAGAUGAUUGAGUGAAUGCUGACUUUUUGUGGUUUGUUCUGACAAAGGGGAAUAGAGUUAUGCAUAUUCAGAUAGACGUUGUCUAGACAGGACCAGUCUCAAAUGUAUUGCAGUAGGAUUCCCCUCUCUCCCUCUUUCUCUCUCUCUCUCUCGCUGAAAAAUAUUGUAAUUAUGAGUACAAAAGCUGAAAUAAUUCACAAUCAUCAGCUCCCCAAAAGUUCCCUUCUUUUUGUUGUUUUGUACAUUGGGUAAUGUGGGAGCCCUCCCAAAAAGCUUGUGAGCUUGAAUCUCAGGGCUCAGAGAACCAUUUGGCUUCCACACACUACCCCACACAGCACAGGAUGAAACCAAUUAAGACCAAAGUUUUACUUGGUGUUGUUAAGAUGGCUCACCCCAGUAGGUAGAGCUGUGAGAGGACUGUGAGAGCUAUAAUGGCCUCACCCACAAGGACUUCUCAUCUGCCUCUCUCUCUCAUGCGCAUGGUCUGCUAAUUAGCGUGGUCUGCUAAUUAGCUCUAUCUGCAGGGAAGUCACAGCUAGUUUGUCUGAAAGCUGAGAGCCAGGGACAAUUCAGGGAAGAGAGAAUAGUACCAAAGCCUGUAUCCUGACACUGUUCCCUGCUGUGCAACAUCUCUAUGAAUGAGCGAGUGAAUGGAAGAACCGAGGAUUAAAUGAAAAAGGCUUUUGUGGUAUAGAUAGGAACUGAGACUUGCUGGGAUUUGACUUAGAAUGUUCCCCCGGGCAUAGCUGCAUGAAGUAGGGGUUGCUGCAGCCCCCCUGAUAAUUUAAAAAAGUAUAACAAAAACGGUGAAAGCACCCUCACUCCAAAACAUCUUCCUGCGGCCAUGCCCCCAGGCCAUAGUUCACAACCAGGGACCGAAAAAGGGAUUGUUUAGAUAUUUUUCUUUAGGGUUUGAAAGGAAUAAAGUGCUGUUUUUCAUGUA